CCAACAUGGCCGCUGGUGCUUCGCUUUCCUUUUUUUCUCCCUCCUUUUGUCCCAUGGACAGGAUCCUAGAGCCAAAGGGGUAAGGGGAGAGGAUCGGUAUGUCGAAUCCAAGGAAAUUCAGUGAAAAGAUUGCAGUGCAACUCCAAAGACAAGCUGAAGCAACGGCUGUCAUCGAUGAAGUCCUGCGGGAUAUCAGGGAGGUUACUCAAACAAGGGGGACAAAUGCUUUCAGACAGCCUAUCCCACAAGAUAGACCCAGCAAUCAUCUACAACCCCAGUUCCCGUACCCAAGAGGCAGUUCACUCCCAAACAUCAGCCAGAUGUCUGCCAACCCAGUGUCAACAGAAUAUUCAAAUGUACAUGGGUUCACCCUUUCCCACGUGCCAGAAGGAGCCCAAGCUAUCCUGCAAGUGGACUGCCAGCACAUCCCCAAUCACAGACGUGGUGGAGGGGGGCCGCUCAGACACAGUCCCACUGACAAGCGUAUUGUGUCCUCUCCAUACGGAAGUCUCAUCAAUCAUGGGACAUAUCUGUCCCCGCCGUUGGAAAGCACCUGGGCAAGAAGGGCCAGUUCAGACUCAGCCCUCCAUCAGACAUCAAUGGGUCCCGAUCAGUCUUUACCUGGCAUCCUUUGUACUUCCAGCUCAUCGCGGACAUGCCCAAAGAGAGGGCAUCCACAACCCAUGGAGAUUGUUGGCAAGUCUCCUGUCCACUCCUUCCCCAGAACUUCUAGUCAACAAUCCAACACCAGUGGUCUCCACCUGGGGCGAGUGGAGAUAAUGGAGGGAGAGGCUGGAAAGAACUCCACCAUGGGAAUGGGGAUGGGGGAACCCGGCGGGUCUCUUCCCGAUCUCACUUCGAUACACAUGCCGUCCCCGCUCACGACGCCCAUAGAUGUUGACUUGGACUGCCAGAAUCCCCGUGGCUCUCAGAGCUACAACCCUAGUCCAGUAGGACCUUCAAGCCCACUAACAUUUGGAUCCCAGAAUAAUUACGGAGGAAAUGGGAGAUUCAUGGUGGGACAGGUGAGCCCAUCAUCCAACCAAUCUGAUGACAUUGUCGUCCGCCGUAAUGCCAAUCUUCCUCCCCUUAGAACUCCACAGGGCACCGGAAUGUGUGGGAAUGGUACAAAGCCUGAGGCAUUCCAUGGGGCAUCGCCAUCGGGUACACCCACAUACACUCAGUCUCAGUUGCCUCUGACCAUGAUCUCAUCUUCUCCCCCCGCUUCCACCGUAUCUGGCUAUCGAGUUAACACAAGUCCCAGUAGCCCUUCUGGACGGGGAUCGACCCCACAGAGUCCACACAGCAGUGCAGGGAGUCCGUAUUCUGCUGGAGCCCCCCCAUCCCCUGUGACGACCUCGACUGCACCCCAGAUGUUCUUCUCCCUGCCUCAUUCAGUGUCUGUCUCCAUUUCUUCCUCUGCAUUGCCAUCGUCUUCACACCAGCAGCAGACCAUCUCCUUGCAGCAGCAUCUUGAACAGUGCAAAAUGAAUGAUGCAAACUCAACACCGAGUUCAUUACCUCUUCACUAUCCUCGGGGAUAUGUAGCACAGCAAGCUCGACAACAGGGAAACGAGGAUGAUUUACGAGCAAGACGAAUAGCUCUCCUGCUGAGGAAUCGUGCUCUUAAUACACUUCGAGGAUUGCGUGCACCGUUUCCACUGAGACGUCUUCCACCCCUCAUUGACGAUGUCUUCCCCCAUCAGCAAAUUCCUCAAGAGGGGGGAGCUGAAGAGGUUAUAGUUGAGCAACCAGACAGCAAUCCAGAAAGUGUACAGGUGAGUGACAUGUUGAAUGAACUGCGGACUCAAGUACGGAUCUUAAUGGAUUCUAUACGGAACUCAGUGAUCGAUGAAGAAGUUAUGCCUGUGAUCUUGAGCUCUUUGGAGCGCUCAGAAGCUGCUCUUGGUCGAGCAAUUCAACGCUAUGAAGUUCUGAUGGAACGUUUGCAACGUCACCAGGCAGCUCGACUCAGUUCAGCCUUGCACUUAUUCAGGUCUCUUCAGGCUGAGUUCAGGCAUUUGGUAGACUCUCGAGAUACCUCUGCAUCUGGCAUGCGCUUAGCCCGCUUUCAUGUGAGCAUGACAACUCGUUUGAUAGACCUAAUCAUUGUCCUCCUGCAAGCCAGGUCUCAUCUUGAUGUCAUGCAACAGUCAAUGCAAGGUAAUCAUGAUGGUGAAAAUGAAGACCCCAUACGAGUUCAAUUUGAUGGCGAUCGUGAAUCACACGAUGGAGAAGAACCAGAGGAAAUCACAAUUGAAGUCCCAUUACCUGCUCUACGAAGGCCCCCACUUGUGCGCCAAAACCCUGUCAUUGCCGAUGAGGUUGAUGAUGUUGACAUUGCCCGGGCCCCUAGGGACCUUCCUAAUCUGGUGCCAAUUGGAGGCAUAGGAGGUGGAGGAAUAGUAUCUCAUCGGAUUCAGAUGUGGGAUCUGAGUCCAGGUCAUCCUCUUCCUCCGAUUCAUCUGCAGGAAAAGAAUGUGGUGAUAAAAUGUUGUCAGUUGUACAAUGAUGCAAGUAUUGACAUUUCAUCAGAUGGCAACAUGCUAGUUGCCAUCUCCCAGGACUGUGGUUACCCCCGACUCUCUGUCUUCCGGGUUCAUAGUUUACGUCUGGAGGAUUUGGGAGUCUGUCUCCAUGUCUUUCACACUCGUGUGAAUGCUGUCUCCAUUGGAUUUUCCCCCCUGUCGCGUUACAUCAUUAUUGGCCUGGAGAACCGAAGACCUCUCUUCCAAAUUGAUGAUGACAAUGGACCUGCAGUAAUGGCUCUUUUGCUCAAGCUGACAACACCGGAAGAAGGGAAAACUGAAAAAUCCAUGACAAUAAUGAAAAGCUACUCCAAGGUGGCCAACUCCAUCAUCAUCUACAUAUCCGAGGCUCAUCCAAGGGACUCUGGUGAUCUCAUAGAAAAUCUUCCUAUUGACACUCACAAGAAAUUGCUGGUUUUUGAUGGCUCUGAUUUCCAGCUGGAUUUAAUGGUUCCAGCUGGAAUCAAAUAUACCCUGGAUAUUACCAAUGGAGUAACC